AUGAUAUCUAGAUCAAUUAUAAACAGGGUUGGAGCUGUGUCAAAAAGUACGCCAGUUGUGCGAUCUCUCAGUCGGUCGAGCACUAUUUUACAAGAGAUACGACAACAAGCUAUGCCAACAAGCGAAUCCAAACCUAUGUAUAAGCCACCAGUCACCAUAGAUCGUGAACUUCCAGACCCAUUCGUCAAACGUAAUGAAAACAGAAGGUACUUUGUUUUUUAUUCAGUCGCAUUGGUAGUCACAUGCGCCGUUAUAUUCAAUUAUGAAAAAUCAUCAUCACCAAUCAUCAAUUCAACAUUAUAUUUCUUGCGUAGAUCAACAAUUGCCCAAGAUGCAUUGGGUAAGAAUAUUGAGUUUGCAAGUAGUUGGCCAUGGAUUUGGGGUAAACUAAAUACAGUACAAGGUGUUAUUGAUGUUAAAUUUAAAGUUAAAGGAGAUGACCAAAAAGCGUGGGUACUUUUAAGUGCAACAAGAGAGUCUAAAAUGCAUCCAUUCCAAGUUCACAAAUUUGCUUUAGAAGUGGAUACUAAGGACGCCAAAGUCGAAUACAAUUUGAUGGAUGAUCCUGAAUUUGAAUUUGAUUUGUAG